ACCUGCUGUGGUCAAAAUGCAGCCAGCUAUGAUGAUGUUCUCCAGCAAGUACUGGGCAAGGCGAGGAUACUCCUUGGAUUCGGCUAUGUUUGAUGACGGCCAUCUGGGCAACCAAACACAAAGCCGGAGCAUUUUUACCAAAAUUGAAGAGAAUAAAUCAGAUGGACAAAACUGCAAGAAUGAAGCCACAGAAGGCGGAAAGACUGCUGUAGUGUUUUCACUUAGAAAUGAAGUUGGCUGCCUAGUGAAAGCUCUCCGUCUGUUUCAGGAGAAGCACGUCAACCUAGCCCACAUAGAAUCCAGAAAAUCCAAGAGAAGAAACUCUGAAGUGGAAAUUUAUGCUGACUGUAACUGCAGCAAGAAACAAUUCAAUGAGUUGGUGCAGGUUCUCAAGCUCCAGACAAGCAUCAUCACCCUGAAUCCUCCCGACAACCUCUGGACCGAAGAGGAAGAACUGGAUGGUGUUCCCUGGUUCCCAAGAAAAAUAGCUGAGCUGGAUCAAUGCUCUCACAGAGUGCUCAUGUAUGGUUCAGAGCUGGACGCAGAUCAUCCUGGCUUUAAGGAUAAUGUUUAUCGACAACGGCGAAAAUACUUUGUGGAUGUGGCCAUGAACUACAAAUAUGGACAGCCAAUUCCUCGAAUUGAAUAUACAGAAGAAGAAAUAAAAACGUGGGGCACAGUGUUCCGAGAACUGACAAAGCUGUACCCAACACAUGCCUGCCAGGAGUACCUCAAAAACUUUCCAUUACUCACCAAGUAUUGUGGAUACAGAGAAGACAACGUUCCCCAGCUCGAGGAUGUGUCGGCAUUCCUGAAAGAGAGGUCUGGAUUCACAGUGCGACCCGUAGCUGGCUACCUGUCACCCAGAGACUUCCUAGCGGGACUUGCUUACCGAGUCUUCAACUGCACGCAGUAUAUUCGCCAUGGCACUGACCCCCUCUACACUCCUGAACCGGACACUUGCCAUGAGCUGCUGGGACACGUUCCUCUGCUUGCUGACCCCAAAUUUGCCCAGUUUUCACAAGAAAUAGGCUUGGCAUCGCUGGGAGCUUCAGAUGAAGAAGUGCAGAAGUUAGCCACAUGCUAUUUCUUUACUAUAGAGUUUGGCCUGUGUAAGCAGGAUGGACAACUCCGGGCCUACGGAGCAGGACUGCUGUCAUCAAUUGGUGAGCUGAAGCAUUCAUUAUCCGAUAAAGCCUGCGUGAAACCAUUUGAUCCUAAAACAACGUGCACUCAAGAGUGCCUCAUUACUACUUUCCAAGAUGUGUACUUUGUUUCGGAAAGUUUUGAGGAAGCAAAAGAAAAGAUGAGGGACUUUGCAAAAACAAUCAAACGACCCUUCUCUGUGCACUAUAACCCCUACACCCAGAGUGUGGAUAUGCUGAAGGACACCAGAAGCAUUGAAAAUGUGGUCCAAGAAUUAAGAAGUGAUCUCAAUACAGUGUGCGAUGCUUUGAGCAAGAUGAACAAAUACUUGGGAAUCUGAGCCACCUAGAGGCUGUCGCUUCCUAUAUACAGGCCAACACCGAGGUCCUUGUUCUUCAUCCUGCUUAACAAUACAUGUGGAUCACUCUCGACAUCUUGUGCUGUGCAAAUUUCUGUCUGUGUAAUUUAUAACUAUCUCUGCUUAACAUGCCAGAGGUAGCAAACAUGGCGUUAUCUGGUAUCAGUCUUUCAUUAUUAUUAUUAACUCUUCAAUGUGAUUUUGCUUUAAUCGUGUGGAAAUUAGCACACUGGUGUGCUGUAACAGGGAUGUCAGCACUGUGAGAAUUUCAUUUAACACUCUCUAAAGGUGUCAUCUUUAUUGUUUAAGUUAUUUGCAAUAUAAACAGAGUCAUGUGUGGCACAUCACCGUUGCCUUUGAUGACAGCAGCCCUGAUCUUAACAUAAUCGAUGAAACUGUCAUGCUGCAAAAUUUUGAUGACAAAAACUGAUUUUAUUUUUAAAAAAUGUUAAUAACUGUAAGUUGUAGCUGCUUCAUCUUGUCGUAUCUUGUGAUUCAAAGUCUUCAUCACAGAGUUCUAGCUUAACUGUGAGUAACUGCAAUAACAUUUGUUUUCAACUGUUUACAGUCCUUAAGCUUACACUUAAGUCAGUGAAUUAAGAUUGUAAAUGUAAUGUUUUGUUUGCACUGUAAUGUGAAGAGGCAUCCAAACAAAUAUGAUAAUCUAACUCUAUAUUGCUUGUCUUUGUCAUUGUUUUAUGUGUGUGUCACAUCCCCUGCUAUGAUUUCAUGAAUUUCUCCCAUUUGUGUCUGACACCAUCUGGGAAAACAAAUUAUUGACAAAAGCAGUUCUCAAAAUUCCAGACUUGUUGCAUCACUUUGUCAUUAAAAAUGACGAUUUUCAGCAAUUACUUGGUGCAUC